CUCUGGGCAAAUUCAAAUCAGCCAUAUUUCUGGAAGCCACUGGCGGAAGUAUAAAAAGUUUGAGAGUUCUUGUUUACUCAUACUUCACAGAUGAAUCAGGAUCAGGAGCUAUGGAAGCUCGAGGACUGGUACCCACCUCUGUGUCCACCGGAGACCCUCAAGGAGGACCUACUUCGAGAUGUAGACUUCACAGAGGUGGACAAGGACGCUCGGGCGAAACUCAAUUCACCAAAAGACAGUUUCGACAAACUUGUCCAGCACGUCACCGGUCAUUUGAGCUCCGAUCUACACAAGUUAAGAGCAAUUUUUGUGUGGAUGGACGCUCAGAACAUAGGAUGUCGACAAGAGACAGGCAGCUGCGGAGACAACAACAGUCCAGACUAUUACCUACAGGGGGCAUCAAAAAAUAAUUCACUAGUCGAUAGAAUGUUCGCCAAGAUGUGCAGAGCUGCAAGAAUCCCAUGCGUUCUUGUGAGCGGCAAGGGAAAAGGUGCAUCUUACGAGCCAGGUGAUGUUGAGAUAAAAGGACAAAAUAUCUGGGCAGUUGUUUACGUGGCAAAGAGCUGGCGGUUCGUGUUUCCUCUCUGGGCCUUUGUAGUAUUAAAUGGUUACCAAAAGGAAAAUUUUGUGCUGGUUGAGGAUUCUGGAACGUCAAUAAAAACAAGUGUCACAGCAAAUGUCGGUACCACAACAUCCUAUUAUAACGAAUUUUAUUUCCUGACUGACCCUGAGGAGAUGAUUUACAUCUGUCACCCGUAUGACAAAGAAAAGCAAUUGCUGGCUGAACCAUGGACACGAGAGAAGUUCUUCGAGUCGCCUCGCUUUCGUGAUGCGUAUUUUUCGUCUGGAUGGAAGCUGCUCAGCCCGUUCACGUGCGUGAUCAAGUCCACAACUGGAUGGUGUUUGAUUGACAUGUUCAGUCAGGGAGCUGGUUAUAAACUGAAGUACAAGAUGUUUUUCGAUGAAGGUCGUUCAGGAAGAAAAUUUCCACAGGAGAUACAAACAGAACUCUACGUAACUACAAUAAGGCGUACUCAGAAGACGGACUCAUUUUUGGUCAGACUUCCAGUAAUAGGAACAUACAAAUUUAGAGUACUAGGAGUUCAUGGAAAUUCAACCUUUCGCCUAGUCGACUUUCAGAUCGUCUAUGAUAAUUCAGCUCCAGACAUACAGCCCUUGCCGUCCCACCCAACAAACGGGUUUGGCUUUGGUGCAGCAGCUGCUGAAGCUGGGUUGUCGGAGCCUUCCCACACGGAAGGGGUUGUGCCGGUCAAAAGUGGUGAGGAGAUCAGCUUAAACUUCAAGGUUAAAGAUUAUGUGGACAUUUUUGCCAGACUGGUCCACUCCAUUCGGACACCAGAAGAGCUUAGGAACAACCUCAUCGUGGAGAGAGAAGACGAUAACGUAACGGUCACGGCGAGACUCCCGGCAGACGACCCGACACCGGAAUAUUCUCUUGAAGUCGAAACAAUAAAAAACAGAAAAGAAAAUGAUCAAUCUACAAAAAAUUUGUUUAAUUUUCCUGUUCUGAACUACUUGCUGACCAGCGAUGAAACACUGAAUGCAGUAAUCACGGACAAAGACACAAAGAAAACAUUACAGUUCUAUGAAGAUGCAUGGGUCUCUGUUGGCAACGAUGACGCAGGAAUGUUAGAGAAAGUUGCCUCAAGGGACGAGAGGGCUGAUAUUAAAGACCCGAUGUUAGACAAAAGAAUACGAGCCAGAGAAAUGUGCUACAAACGUAUGAUAGAGGAAGUGAGUGUUUCUGCACAGCAACGAAACUUCAAUGAGCUGAAUCGGAGCAUCAGAAACUCCAUGGUUGCAAACCUUCAGAACAAAAGAGAAAUUGAGAACGCCAAGAAAAUUCUAGUGGCACUGUGUCAGGAGGAAAUGGAGAAGGCCGUUAAAAGCAAUAACUUGGAGGAACUCCGUGCAUGCUUCAAGAAAAUAGACAACACCUGUGUCAGUCAAAUGGCUCAGGAUCAGGCUUGGUUCGAGGAAGGCCAGGAAGAAAUGAAAAAGAUGGUGCAGUCCCUCAGGAAAAAAGACGAGGCGACUGGGGGAAGACCUCCAGACCACGUCUGUGACGUCAUCGUUGCAGCCUUCAUUCUGAUUGGAGAAAGCGAAGAGGGACUUGACACGUGGCAGAAGGUCAAUGAAAAACUGAAAGAAACAAAGGAAGAACAACUGAUAAAUAAUGUAAACAGUCUGGACAAGUCCUCGCUUACCCGAGAAAGGGUGGAUCUGGCAACACAGAAGCUGGAACGAGCUGUCGGGACGUUUGCCGAGUACAGGUCAAUAGAAACACUCAAGAAACAGUGCAUGGAGAAGAUCACCUUUUACCGAACUAAAGGAAGUCUCAAAAGGAGAAACUAACUCCGUGCAGAAUGAAGAACAUCAACGAUGUAGACAGAGGCUGUGACUUGUCUCCCCUACUCAUGACCAAGUGAUAAAUGCUUUGGUAAGAGACUGACCCUUAAUCAAUUUUUCAGGAAGGAUUUUACAACUUAUUUCAGUGACUCUAACUCUUACUGACAUUUCGUUUUAUCAACUCAAGCCUACAAAAUGUUUAGAUUUUUUAGCUUUUAUACAGACUCUGGCGCCAUCGUUGACUGUGUACAGCGAAUUGUUCAUGAGAAGAAAAAAGCUGACAUUUGUGAGGAUUAUAUUAUAUUUCUUUUGUGUGACAUUUAGACAAGUUACAAUUUCUCCACUUAAUUCAAAUGUAAGUAAUUGUUGUUCUAAGAACUAGUUCACUGUCUUUUUUUCUUAUAUUUUUUCUUUGGUUUCUUUAGAUUAUCAGUAUAUUAUCAAUCUGUACCUAUGUUUUACUUCUUAUCUCCUAGCCUCUGGGUAUUUAUCACAGAACAGGCUAAAGCUUCGCGGUUUUUUCAUUCGAGAAUGAUAUUAGUGGUGUUGUUGUUUGGAAGAAUUUUACAACUUAUUUAGGUGACUUUAUUUGUUACCAACACUCGAUUUUGUUUAUCAGCAAGAGCCUGAAAGAUCUUUGUCUUUUGUCUUUAAUAUAAACUAUGACUCCACUUUUGACUGUUUACAGGUUUUAUUCAUACAAAAACUUACAUGUUUGCUUAUUAUAUUCUAUUCGUAUUACCAUUUAGACAAGUUAAAAUUCCUUGGUCCACAUAAUUAAAAUGUAUGUAAUCACUGUAUGUUUUAAGAACCAGUGUACUUUCUGUUUUCCCGCUGUUUCUUUGGUUUAACGGCAUUGCUACAUUAUCAGUAUAUUAUCAAUGUUCUUAAUUUUAAUUUUUUUCGCUUGUUGCCUCUAAGAGACCUGUGUAAGAGACCUCAGAUUUAAUACAAAUAUUGAUGAUGAUGAUGAUGAUGAUGAUGAUGAUGAUGAUGAUGAUGAUGAUGAUGAUGAUGAUGAUGAUGAUGAUGAUGAUGAUGAUGAUAAAAAAUUAAACUUAUUCUGAAAAAUGUUGGCUUGGACCCCUGAUCUGAUUUUCAUGUUAAGACUUUGGAGGGCUGAAUCACAUCUCAUUACAACUAAUAAUAUUCUCACAGUACUUUGAAUUUUCUUCCACUGCAUUUUUGAAUUAUUUAGACUGUAAGUUUUGUCUGCUGUUUUUGGUAAGCAUUACUGUUUUUGGUAAGCAUUACACUGCAAUGUUUUUUACUGGUUUGUCCUUGUCAGAAGACUAACUAAAACUUGCGCUAGCGUAAAAGUAGCACUCAGUAGACCUCUCGACUUGUAUUCACACACAGGAACUUUC